AUGUCCAGCCAAAAGACCUUUCAAGCAACCCUCAAUACAGCUGCUACAUUCCUCCAGCCAGUCUUCAAACCUCAAAAUGCAUCAAACAGACAUCACCCCUCUAUCAUCGAAUCUCUCUACCAAACCCUCCCUAAAAAUGACAUAUCAGCUUCUUCUUCAUCGGUAGAAGCUCCUUCAUACAAUCUUAAAUCCUCGAAAGUGAUACUAUAUGCCUUAUCACUUCUUUCAAAGCUCAACCAAUCCGCCACCCCUAAGAACUCAUCUCCAGACGCCCUUUUCGCACCUAGAGAUCAACGUAUAAUCCUCGGAUUGGCGGACCUAAUACUUCUAGAGGGAAUAUACCCAAAUACUACAUCUGGGAUCUUACCGCCAUUAGACAGGCGUACAAAAUCCUCUGGAUACUUUUCACAAAUACAGGCUGCUGCCGCCGCCGCAUCAAUUAGUCAGCAUGAGGAUGGGACGGAUAGUCGCAAUGUCGAGUUACUUGCGAUGAUAGUGGAUAACAUCCAACCUAUAUUGGUAACAGCAUCGAACGAGGUUAGUGAUGCUGUGCGGGAAAGGCUGCAGAUGGAUUUAGUUGCUUGUCUGGGUGAAUUAGCAUUUAACCCUGAGAAUGGAACCGAAGAAUGGCGGAAAAAGUUUUAUAGUGCUUUAGAUAAUAUUCAAACGCCUAUUCUCCUACCCCUCCUUGUCCCCCUCAUCCUCCCCACGACCCCGCCAUGGUUCCAAAAACCAUUAACAACCUACCUCUCAAGCAUCCCACUAGCCCGUCCAGGUGGUGUAAAAGACGAAAUAACGUUCUUUAUAGAUCCUACUAACGAGAUACCAACCCAGCGGGUAGCACUUCAACAGGCGUCAAAGCUCAUAGGAUCCGUACCGACCGCUUCGACUCCCGACCAAUAUUUCUCUGUGGUUGCACCGCAAUUAAUAGAGUUAUUAGACGAAGUCGGAAAUCUGGGGCUCGCCGCGGGGAUAGUUAUUAACGAUGUAUUUGAACGACGGAAGAAAGGAGUUGAAAAAUAUUUUUUCCCGAGGUUGUUACGUCCGCUUCGACCAGCGAAAUCACAGAUCCCAGUGGCGGAAGAAGUGGAAAAUGGUGAUAUCAUCACCUUGACGGAGGAAGAAGAUCUUGAACGAGCAAUUAAUCGAAUAUCAUCCCUCUUCCAAUCGUCAAACGGAAAAAGUUACCUGGCCUCACGGAUUCUAGACACCCUAACCCUCCCUCUCUGGGGUCUCUGGCAAUUCGCUGUUGCAAUAAAAGCAACUAGCCCAACAGUUAAAAAGACGCCACAAGACCUCCUUAUAGCUUACAUGAAACUCAAACCUAGUUCAACAGUCUUAGACGAAAUAGUACAAAACUUUGGUUAUGACGGAGACGACCACUGGAUUUUCACCCGAGGAGAAAUGGGACAAGUGAAGAUCGUAGCACGAGAUACAGAUCUCCCAUCCAAGGCAAUUGAAGUAAAGGAUAUCGAAGAAAGAACCCCGAGCUUUAUAUCUCUAGCGUUGGCGGCGAAUGAUGAUGUAUUCACAGACUUCUUUUUAAGUUUGUGUAGACGUUGGUUAGGUGGUGGGUUUACAAUAAGUGCCGAAGGUGGCGAUAGAGCUGCAUUUGGGUUGUUGUUCCAGUUAAAAGUUUUGGAGGGGAUACUGGAACAUCAUUCGGAACGGUUGACUCGGCGGCCAGAACAAGUCAUCAUCCUUGUUAAGGAAAUCCUGGAUUCCCAUGUUAGGACGCUGGAGAAAGAAAGAGAAAGACUUGAAGCGUUGCAGAAUCCGUCAAUGAAUACGCUUGGAAAAAUAAUGGAUGGAGAGGAAGAUUUUGAUUCUCUGGUUGCCGAUGACAAUGACGAAACUUCUAGUGGUGGCGAUGCAAUAGGUAUUGCACUACAACUCCUAAAUUCUAUCGUAUCGACAUCGUUUUCAAGAACUGUAUCUGAACAGGAGAAGAAACUAUUAUCGACUUUACAACCUUCUCUGAAGUAUUUAUCUUCGGAAAGAGGUGUGGGUGGAUCUAUUGCAUCUCUAACAAGGAGUUUGGGACUCUUUAUCUCGACACAGGAUAUUCCUUUAACCGGUCCAAUAGAUGGGGAUGUCAAGCCAGUCGACGAGAAAGUUUUGAAACAACAACAGACGUUACAGACUGCGUUAUUAUAUCUACAAGACCAGAUGGUACCAAUCCGUGCGCAUGGAUUGGAGAUAUUGAAGGGGUUGAUCAAGGAACGAAGUUCAGUGGUUGAUGUCCAGACGAUUACAAAGCUCUUAAUCGAUAUGUUACAAGAUAAAGAGUCAUUCGUGUAUCUGGGUGUGGUUAAGACACUCUGUGAAUUGGCUGAUAAACAUCCUGGUACGGUGAUUGGGAUGCUGGUGGGCGUUUAUGUGGACGAGGAAGAAAAGAUGGGGAUCGAUGAGCGACUAAAAGUUGGAGAGGCUUUGAUGGGAACAGUGCAAAGGCUUGGGCAGACGGCGGUGGGAAAGGUUGCUGAAGAGGUAGGAAAUGUUAUGGUUGGGCUGGCGGGGAGGAGGAAGAGGAGGUAUAAAGAAGCCGGAGAGGCUACAAGGGAGAAGGAAGAAGCGGAAAGAAGAAUCAAAAAGGAAGGGGAGAUGGAUGAAGAAUAUAGAAAGGUAUUAAAUGAAGCUAGGGUUGAAGCGGGGAUUGAUGUCGAAGGCGGGAAGAAGGUUAAGAUAGAGGAGGUGGAAGAUGACGAACAGUGGAUCUCAAAGGUUGGGGAAGAGGAUUAUAGGGUCAGGACUUCGGCUUUAUCGGUUUUAGGUAUUUUAUUUGAGACUAAUGCCUCUGGCGUGCCGGUGGGUGUUACCCUCGCCGCGGUGGAAGUUGCAUUGAGGAUUUUGGAACUUGAGAGGGGGAAGGAACAGGCAACGGUUAGGAGGGCCGCGGUACAUUUGGUAUCCAGUGUUUUGAACGGAUUAGAGAAGAAUGGGACAGUGGAACUAUUGAAGGUUAUACCGAGGGAACGGCUAGAAGAUAUCGUGAGGGUCUUGGGGUAUACUAGAGCAACGGAUGAUGAUGGGCUAGUGAGAGAGCAGGCAGGCGUGCUGGUCGAAGCAUUGACAGAGUAG